AUGGUGAGUCAGGACCCAGGGGUCAGCAGGGUAUGUUUGGCCAGAAGGGAGACGAAGGAUCCAGAGGAUUCCCUGGGCUACCUGGACCCAUCGGACUGCAGGGCCUGCCUGGUACAUCAGGAGAGAAGGGAGAGAACGGGGACGUCGGCCCAAUGGGUCCGCCUGGUCCUCCAGGUCCCAGAGGUCCCCAGGGUUCUAGUGGAGCUGACGGUGCCCAAGGCCCUCCUGGUGGAGUGGGUUCAAUGGGAGGUAAUGGAGAAAAGGGAGAGAGCGGUGAAGCCGGCAACCCGGGACCAUCCGGAGAGCCUGGUGGUGGAGGCCCCAGAGGAGAGACAGGGGAGAAGGGAGAGUCAGGACCUCCUGGAGCUGCUGGACCUGCAGGGGCCCGCGGACCCGGAGGAGACGACGGCCCCAAGGGCAACCCUGGUCCCGUUGGCUUCCCUGGAGACCCUGGUCCCCCUGGAGAGCCUGGAGUUGGUGGAUUGGAUGGCUUGGCUGGAGACAAGGGAGAUGACGGAGAGGCCGGUCAGCCUGGUCCAUCUGGCCCUUCUGGAGAAGCUGGGUCACCAGGGCCCCCCGGCAAGAGGGGACCCAUUGGACCAGCCGGUACUGAGGGAAGACAAGGAGAGAAGGGAUCUAAGGGUGAGGCUGGAGCCGAAGGGCCUGAUGGUCAGACUGGACCUGUCGGACCCCAGGGGCCCUCUGGUAAACCCGGACCCGAUGGCCUGCGUGGAAUCCCCGGCCCUGUUGGUGAACAAGGACUUCCGGGUGCUUCUGGAAUGGACGGACCCCCUGGACCUAUGGGACCCCCUGGUCUCGCUGGUUUGAAAGGAACUGCUGGGGGUAAGGGAGAAAAGGGUCACCCAGGUCUGAUUGGUCUGAUUGGGCCGCCUGGUGAGUUCGGAGAGAAGGGAGACAGAGGCCUGCCUGGACCACAAGGAACUGGUGGAGGCAAGGGAGACACUGGUGUUGGUGGUUCUGCUGGUCCUCUUGGUCCUCCUGGACCUCCUGGUAUUCCUGGACCUGUGGGCUCUAAGGGGUCCAAGGGAUCAUCAGGUGGAGCUGGCCAGAAAGGAGACACUGGUAUGAUCGGACCACCCGGAGCUCCUGGUCCUCCUGGUGACAUCAUCCAGCCGCUGCCCAUCCAGCAGGCGAGCAGGAAGAACAGACGGCAGGCGGAGGACGACGGCGUGCAGAGCGACGCGGCGGGAGGCAUGGCGGACUACGGCACGGAGGCAACAGAAGACAUGGAGGACGUGUUCGGUUCCCUGAAUAACUUGAAGCAGGACAUCGAGAGGAUGAAGUUCCCCAUGGGAACCCAGGACAACCCUGCCAGGACCUGUAACGACCUGCACCUCAGCCAGCCUGACUUCCCUAACGGUGAGUACUGGAUUGAUCCUAACCAGGGCUGUACUGGAGACUCCUUCAAGGUCUACUGUAACUUCACCGCUGGAGGAGAGACCUGUAUCUACCCUGACAAGAAGUCCGCUGGCGUCAGAAUAUCGAACUGGCCGAAAGAGGCUCCUGGAUCAUGGUUCAGUGAAUUCAAACGUGGAAAAAUAUUGAACUAUGUGGACAUGGAGGAGAACACCAUCCAGACAGUCCAGAUGACCUUCCUGAAGCUGCUCAGCUCGUCAGCCCGUCAGAAUUUCAGCUACAUCUGCCACCAGUCUGUAGCCUGGUACGAUGCCAAGGCAGACGGCUACGACAAGGCUCUCCGCUUCCUGGGCUCCAACGACGAGGAGAUGUCCUACGAUAACAACCCCUUCAUCAAGGCCCUGUCGGACGGAUGCUCGUUGAAGUCGGGCUACUCCAAGACGGUGAUGGAGAUCAACACUCCUCGCGUCGACCAAGUGCCCAUCAUCGACGUCAUGUUUAAUGACUUUGGCGACCCCAGCCAGCGGUUCGGGUUCGAGGUGGGCCCCGUCUGCUUCAUGGGCUAG